AUGUGCCCUGCAAUUCGGCCCAUCGACUACACCUCCAACUUAGAGGUUAUCCUCUCCGUUGACUCAUCCGUGAUCGCAAUCGGGUAUAUUCUUGCUCAACUUGAUGAUAAAGGACGACGACGCCCUGCGCGAUUUGGUUCAAUGACACUGAACGAACGCGAGGCGAAGUACUCACAGGCAAAAAUCGAGCUCUAUGGCUUGUUCCGUUCACUGCAUGCUGUCAAAAUUUACAUUAUUGGCAUCCAAAACCUGACUGUAGAGGUCGAUGCGAAGUACAUCAAGGGCAUGAUCAACAACCCAGAUAUGCAUCCCAAUGCUGCCAUGAACCGGUGGAUAGCUGCGAUUUUGAUGUUCGACUUCAAACUUGUCCACGUUCCGGGGAAAUUUUUCAGAGGACCUGAUGGGUUAUCAAGAAGAAGAGGAGCGGAUGAUGAUGACUGCGUCGAGAAUGAGGGCGAGAGCGCUGACGAGUGGGUGGAGGAAAUUUUGAUGUGUGGUGUGUGGGUGGCUUCAAGCUUGGAGUCGGGGGUGUUUGAAGUGGGAAACAAGAGAAUUGGGGCGAAGGGUUUGGUUCUGGCUUAUGGGAGGAAGUGCGUGGAGGCGACUGAUGAAGGGGAGCUGCCGGUGAAUGAUGUUGGGAGAAAGAAGGACGAAGACUUACGGAAGGUGGAAAAGUAUUUGUCGACGCUGAAACCGCCUGCGGGCUUGGAUACCAAAGGCCUAUGCAAAUUCUUCAAGAGAGCUUCACGUUUCUUCUUGGCUGGAGGCCGACUAUGGUACCGAGAACGCGACGGACGGCAUCGUGUUGUGCUAUUUGAACAGGAUCGCCUACCGGUGCUAAAGACGGCUCAUGAUGAACUCGGCCACAAGCGCUUCUAUCCGACGAGACAACAGGUAGCGACACGCUUCUACUGGCCAACUAUGGAUGCAGACAUCAAGUGGUUUCUGGAUACAUGCCACGAGUGUCAAUUAAUGUCGCAGCAAGCCGUGUUGCUCCCACCUACCGUGAUAAGUCCGCCGGGAUUGUUCCAAAAAUGUCACAUUGACACAAUGCAUCUGCCGAAGUCGGGAGGCUACAAAUAUGUCGUCCAAGCACGCGAUAACUUGUCGGGUUGGCCGGAGUUUGAGAUGUUGAGGAAAGAGAACCAUAAAGCGAUAGGAAGGUUUUUGUUGGAGAAGAUCAUGAUGAGGUGGGGGUCAGUGUUGGAGAUGGUGACGGACAAUGGGACUCCUUUCGUCAAGGCAUUGGCGUGGCUAGAGGGGAAGUACAAUGUCAGCCACAUUCGGAUUUCAGGUUACAACUCGAGGGCGAAUGGCACCGUCGAGGCUGCUCACCAGCCAGUCCGCAGCGCACUCAUCAAAUCCGGCGACGGUGAUAUUCGAAAGUGGCACGAACGCCUGCCAUACGUCUUCUGGGCAGAGCGCAUUACGACGAGGAAAUCUACAGGGUUUUCACCUUACUAUGCAGUGCAUGGAGUGGAACCUCUCUUACCGUUCGACAUCACCCAUGCAACGUUCCUUCUACCACCAAUGAAAUCCCUCAUCACCGAGGUCGAGUUGCUUGCUAUGCGUGGACGACAGCUUGAACGACGAAACGACGACAUCGCAGCCAUGCAGAAACGUGUUUUGAAGGCUCGCUUUGCUUCGGCUGCCGAGUUCGAAAGGCGACACGAGAACGUCUUGAUCGACUACGACUUUCAGCCCGGGGAGUUCGUGCUGGUGUUGAACAAGAAAAUCGAACCUGAUGUUGGCCGAAAGGGUAAACCUCGCUAUUAUGGUCCCAUGGUCGUCAUCAGGCGCUCUGAAGGUGGUUCGUAUCGCCUCGCCGAGCUGAAUGGGGCUGUGUCGAAGUUGAAGUAUGCUGCGUUUCGGUUGAUUCCUUAUUACCCUCGUGGCAGGAAGGUAGUGAAGGUGACGGAGUUGGAGGAGGUUUGA